AGAACCAGAUAAAGGAACACAGCAAGGAAGCCAAGGUACUGACCCAGAUUCCAGAUCCCAGUUCGACUGUCAGCAGGAUGCACCUGAACAAACCAGAUUCAUGGAGGCCUCAUCUUACAACUGACAGAACUCAAUGGAUUUACUGCCAACAUUGUGGUCCCAGACACCACAAGACACCGGUGGAAAUACUGUGUGCGUCCAUGGCCCAAUUGGUAGGAGUUGUUUCUGUAGGCACGAGGGGGAACUAUAAGCUAACUAACAAGGUGCAUGGUUUUAAUGUUGAUGAAUUAUAUUUAAGAACAAUGUCCUCCACAAGCACAUAGUUUUUAAACUUUAGACAGUAUGUAGAUGAUUGUACCAUCCUCAGUAUGACGUAGAUGUUAAAUUGCCCCAUGCUUAAGGACACUGCAGUAGGAACAGCCGUGUAGCUUUGGUAUUAUGGAGUCUUUGUGAAUGAUUUGUUUUUUGAAUACACAUUACUUGUCAGACAACUACACAUUCACACAGUCUCACCCAUUAGCUGACCAUUAACCAACAGCAUUUAAUAGUAUGAAAAAGGCCUGUGGCUCACUGUCUAACAAACAUCGUGUGUGCUUUGUGAUAUUUUCUGUGACUCAAGUAUUGCACCAUAUAUUUCCAAGAUGAAGUUUGACAAUGUGAUGGCAGAAAUCAAUGGCUUUGGGAGAUUCCAACAAAGGACAAUCUUUUUGCUGGUAAUUCCUCGUAUGACUUUGCCUUUCCACUUCCUGCUGAAUAAUUUCAUUGCUACUAUUCCCGCUCAUCACUGCGACAUCAGCGCUCUGGAUGAUGGAGGUCUUUUUAGGAAUUUAUCUCUGGAGGAGAGGCUCGCUGUUAGUGUUCCCGUCCAGCAGGAUGGGAGCCCUAACUCCUGCCAAAUGUUUGCAGAGCCUCAGUAUCAUCUGCUGCUCAACUCUUCGUCCAACUUAACUGACCUUCCCACGGUGCCGUGCCAGAACGGAUGGAUGUUUGACACCACCACCUUCAAGUCUACUCUGGCCACGGAGUGGGAUCUAGUUUGUGAUAAGAAACCAGUGAACAGCGCCACGGCCACUAUUUUCUUCAUGGGCGUCAUGGUUGGAGCAGCAAUAUUUGGCUACCUUAGUGACAGGUUUGGCCGGAAAAAAAUGCUUCUCUUGUCCUACAUCAUAACUGCCCUCUUUGGAUUUGCAAGUGCUUUCGCACACAGUUUCCCCAUGUUUGCUGCCAUGAGGUUCUUCACUGGACUUGGACUUUCUGGAAUAAGUAUAAUCAGCGUGGUCCUCAAUAUUGAAUGGGUGGACAUCAAGCAUCGAACAGAAGCUGGUGUUUUAAUGAGCAUGGACUGGAGUGUUAGUACUGCUGUGCUGCCUAUUCUGGCCUAUUUUGUGAGGGACUGGAGGUACCUGACUGCCACUGUAACCACCCCACUGCUUGUGGCGAUAAUUUGUUGGUGGUGGCUCCCUGAGUCUGCCAGAUGGCUGAUAAGUAAUGGAAAAGUGAACGAUGCUCAUUUUUACCUCAGUAAGUGUGCAGAAGUCAACAACAGAGAGGAGUUCAUGGUCGACCUGAUGCCUGAGGUUCUGUCCAAAGUAAUACUUGUAGAAAAGGAAAACAGAAAAUAUUCCUAUUUGGACCUUGUGAAGACCCCCAAAAUGAGAGCACUGGCUUUAUUUAGUGGCAUUGUGUGGUUUGGAGUGACCUGUACUUAUUAUGGAAUCAGCCUGAACGUCUCUGGAUUCGGUGUGAACAUUUAUCUGACACAGUUUAUCUACGGCACAUUAGAGAUCCCAGGAAAACUACUUGUCCUUUACACUUUACACAAAAUAGGCCGAAGAUUGACUCAGGUUGGAAUGCUCAUCCUGACUGGACUGUGUAUUUGCAUCAACCUGUUUAUCCCUCAAGAUUUGGGGAAUUUUCGGACAGCUGUGGGAGGUUUGGGCAAGAUGUUCUCGGAAGCAUCUUUUACAACGAUAUUUCUGUACACUUCAGAGCUUUACCCCACAGUCAUGAGGCAAAAUGGACUCGGUUACUGUUCCUUCAUGGCCCGUUUAGGUGUGUCUAUAUCCCCCCUAAUGAUACUUCUUGAAGAUGUGUGGGCCCCUCUGCCAAGUAUUAUUUUUGCCCUGGUGGCCUUUACUGCAGCACUGUCAGCUUCUUUUCUAGCUGAGACACGAAACAUCCGUUUACCGGAGACUAUUGAGGAUGUGGAACAGAGGAGGAGACGAUUGGUCUCUACAUCUGAUGAAAAAUCUCCUUCAUAAAGGUUUUUCUUCAUUGCAACCAAAAGGCUCAUAAGACUCUGAGUGCCAAUGAUUGGUCACAGUGAAUUUCCGGGAAUAUCAGUGGUGGUAGCACACAUCUGGAUAUGGAACAUGAAGCAGCAUUAAAAUAUAUUUGAAGUUGUGUUGAGUGACUCAAUUCUAAACAUUUAACUACCAGAAUACAUCAUAAAGCAACCAAGGUAAAGAGAUCCAUCCUAUUAUUAUGGUUGUGUAACCUGAUGGGAAACCAAAGAUAAUUUUAAAACAUGUAUUUAGUUAUAUUCAUAAGAUGGAAUCCACGAUUUUUGUAUUUUGCUUGAAAGAAAAUUUUCUUGAUUAUUAUGCUGGAACUCAAAAUAACUGAAAAUAGAUUUCCCAAUCAGGACGUCUCUAUGUUUUGUAACAAAAACUUCUACAGUUCUCAAUAAAUGCAUGAACCAAC